GUACCGCACAUUUCACGUUUGCCGUUUUGAGAGCACAGCCGAGUACGGUGGCCGGGUUGUGCCCAAGUUCAUUUCAUACGGAAGUGAAGAGCUGUAGGGAGCUACAACUUGCGUUGCAGUGCAGAAACCAGUCAAAGUUCAACCUACCACUUGUUUUGCAGAGGCUGCUAUGGCCACAUCGAAAUUAAUGAGGGCCAUCAGAGUGUCAGAGUUUGGAGCCCCUUCCGUUUUAAAAUACUACACAGACCUGCCUGUGCCAAGUCCUGGUCGGAAACAGGUCCUGAUUCGAGUCCAUGCAUGUGGCAUAAACCCAGUGGAGACAUACAUCCGUUCUGGAUCCUAUGCGCGGAAACCCAACUUGCCCUAUACUCCGGGAUCAGAUGUUUCUGGUGUGGUUGAAGCUGUUGGGGAUGGUGUUUACCUCCUACAGGCAGGGGACAGAGUCUUCACCACAGGCACAGUGACAGGUGGAUACGCUGAGUUUACUGUGGCCUCAGAGGACACUGUUCACAAGCUUCCUGAUUGCCUAGACUACAAACAGGGUGCAGCUAUGGGAGUCCCAUAUUUCACUGCAUACAGAGCUUUAGUUCACAAGGCUCAUGCUAAAGCAGGAGAGACGGUUCUUAUCCAUGGAGCCAGUGGUGGGGUAGGCAUUGCAGCGUGUCAGAUUGCACGAGCAUUUGGUCUUAAAGUUCUGGGUACAGCAGGGACACCCGAGGGUAUGAAGCUUCUACUUAUCAAUGGAGCUCAUCUUGCAUUCAACCACAGAGAAAAAGACUAUUUGGAUCAAAUUAAGGAUGCUACUAGUGGACAAGGCGUAAAUGUGAUCAUUGAGAUGUUGUCCAACGUCAACCUCAGUAAUGAUCUUCAGUUGCUUGACUUUGGUGGCAGAGUUAUUAUUGUUGGCUCUAGAGGCACUAUUGAGAUCAACCCCAGAGACACCAUGAUGAAAGAGACCAGCAUCAUUGGUGUGGCUUUGUACAAUGCAACUAAUAAGGAAACAUCCGAGUGUGCCGCAGCUCUUUUUGCAGGAAUGGAGACAGGCUGGUUGAAACCUGUCAUUGGUCCUGAAUAUACACUUGAUAAAGUGUCCCAGGCUCAUGAAGACAUCAUCAACAGCCCUGGAGCCAGUGGAAAGAUGAUUUUGAUCAUCUAAAAUUAUGCAAGAAGUAAAAAAAAUCCAAUUCAGUGCAACACACCUCUGCAUUAAAGGAAGUAUCUUAUUUUGCAUUCAAGAGAAGAAAAACUCAUCCAAAAGUUCACCCGAAAUGUAAAUUCUCCCUCAUAUUCCAAAUCUGUAUGAAUUUCUUUCUUUGCUGAGCACAAAUAAACAUAUAUUGUGAAGAA